CGGCCGGGGUCUCCGCCAGAGGAGCGCGUCGGCGCCGGCCAUGGAGCCCCCCGGGCAGGUCAAGGACCGCAUCCUGGAGAACAUCUCCCUCUCCGUCAAGAAGCUGCAAAGCUACUUCGCCGCCUGCGAGGAUGAAACUCCAGCCAUCAGGAACCAUGACAAGGUCCUGCAGAGGCUCUGCGAGCACCUCGACCAUGCGCUGCUGUAUGGGCUGCAAGAUCUCCCUUCGGGCUACUGGGUCCUGGUGGUCCAUUUCACUCGCCGAGAAGCCAUUGAGCAGAUUGAGGUCCUGGAGCACGUGGCCACCAACUUGGGGCGCAGCCGAGCAUGGCUGUACCUGGCCCUCAAUGAGAACUCCCUGGAGAGCUACCUGCGCCUUUUCCAGGAGAACCUGAGUCUGCUGCACAAGUACUACGUCAAGAACGCUCUUGUCUGCAGCCACCAUCAUUUGACCCUCUUCCUCACGCUGGUCUCUGGUUUGGAGUUCAUCCGCUUUGAUUUGGACCUGGAUGCCCCUUACCUGGACCUGGCGCCCUACAUGCCGGAUUACUACAAGCCUCAGUACCUGCUGGACUUUGAGGACCGCCUGCCCAGCUCAGUCCAUGGCUCUGACAGCCUCUCCCUCAACUCCUUCAAUUCCGUCACCUCCACCAACCUGGAAUGGGACGACAGUGCCAUUGCCCCCUCCAGCGAGGAUUAUGAUUUUGGAGAUGUGUUCCCUGCAGUGCCGUCCAUGCCCACCACAGCCUGGGAAGACGGAGACCUCACAGACACCCUCAGCUGCUCGCGCUCCACAGCCUCCGAGGUGAACAACUGCCGAGCGUCGGCCAAGAGCCCAACUCAGCAGCGCUACAACCCUUUCAACGAGAAGGCGGAGGCAUUGUCCUCCAUUGAGACCACCCCAGUCCACUCUGCCUCCCAAGAGAAGGCAGACCUCACAACCACGGAGGGCACAGACCAAUCAGAGAACUGCAUGGAGCUGGAGGUCAUAAGGUUAGCUAAAAAGAAGAAGACAGGCAAGAAGAAGAAGGUCAAGACCGAAGAGGUCAGACAAGAGGACUCCAGCACCACUCCCAACUCUUCUGCGGCCCAGGCUGGAACCCAAGGGGCAGGCGAGGGGGACAAGUCGGGCACCGGAGCCAGGCGGCAGGAAUCUGGCCUGGAGGCCAGCCCAAGAUGUCAGCAGCGAGAGGAGCCCCGCCCUUCCCCAGCUGGCCUGUGCAUCCCUGAGAUGAAGGACACCUCCAUGGAGAGGAUGGGGCAAUCUCUGAGCAGGGUGAUUGACUCCCUGGACGAUGCCGGGGGGUGGAGCCGCUCCCUCGAGCCCCCGGACCAGUCCUUUCGGACCGUCUUGCCAGAGGAGGCCCCCUCGGAGGGGCCACCCUCUGGCAGCGUUAGUGAGGGGGUUUCGGCCCCCAUGGAUUUCUACCGCUUUACCGUCGAGAGUCCAAACGCUGCUUCGGCAGGUGGUGGCCGCCAUGACGCUGCAGGGGAUGGUCAACCGCCACAUGUUCCUGGUGGCCCUCAAGCUGCUGGAGAAGAGGAGGAAGGAGGAGGAGGAGAAGAGACGGCUGGGCCACGCAUAGCAACGGACUUGCAGGAGGAGGAGGAGCAGGAGGAGGAGGAGGAGGUGGUGGUUGAGGCAGGCAGUGUGGAGGCCCUCGGUAAGCUAAAGGGAGACAGGGCCAGCCCCUCUCCGAGCAGCGCCGAGGACUCUGGCGUGGAAGAAGGCCAGGGGAGCCCUUCUGAGGCAGCCCACCCCUCUGAGUUCAGGGUGGACAACAACCACUUGUUGCUGCUGAUGAUCCAUGUCUUCCGGGAAAAUGAGGAGCAGCUGUUCCGGAUGAUCCGCAUGAGCUCUGGGCACAUGGAGGGCAACCUCCAGCUCGUCUACGUGCUGCUGACCGACUGCUACGUCUACCUCCUCCGCAAAGGAGCUGCUGAGAAGCCCUACAUGGUGGAGGAAGCCGUUUCCUACAAUGAGCUGGACUACAUCUCAGUGGGCCUGGACCAGCAGACGGUGACCUUGGUCUGCACCAACCGCAGGAAGCAGUUCCUUCUGGACACGGCCGAUGUCACCCUGACCGAGUUUUUCCUGGUGUGCCUCAAGUCAGCCAUGAUCAAAGGAUGCCGAGAGCCGCCGUAUCCCAGCAUCCUGACGGACGCCACCAUGGAGAAGCUGGCGCUGGCCAAGUUUGUGGCUCAGGAAUCCAAGCGGGAGAUCUCGGAUGUGGUAGUCCGCUUCUACGGCCUGAUCCACUGGGAAGACCCCAUGGACGAGACUCUGGGGCCAGCCCCCUCGGACUACAUGCUAGCCGAGCAUCCCAUCACAAAGGAAGGUGUCCUGAGCUACAAGGCAGGCACCAACUACCUGGGCAAGGAGAACUGGAAGACCUGCUACGUGGUGCUCAGCAACGGCAUCUUGUACCAGUACCCGGACCGUGCGGACGUCACCCUUCUUCUCUCCGUGACCAUGGGUGGGGAGCAGUGUGGAGGGUGCCGGAGGUCAAACGGGACGGACCGCCCCCACUCCUUCCAGGUGAUCCUGACCGACAGGCCCUCCCUAGAGCUGAGCGCUGAGAGCGAGAAGGAGAUGGCUGAUUGGAUGCAGUACCUGUGCCAGGCGGUCUCCAAAGGGGUUGUCCCCCAGGGUGUGGUUCCUGCCCCCUGCGUCCCUUGCUGCCUGGUGCUGACAGAUCAGAAACUCUUCACCUGCCACGAGGACUGCCAGACCAGCUUCUUUCGCUCGCUGGCCACGGCUGAGUUGGCGGAUGUGGUCUCUGUCUCCACAGAGGCUGGCCGGGAAUACUGUAUCUUGGAGUUUGCCCAGGACCGCAAGCAGUACCUGCCCUCCUGGGUGCUCUAUUUUAGCUGCAUAGCAGAACUGGAGAGGUUCCUCCUGGCAUUGGACACGGUGUGGAAAAGCACAUACCAGGUGGACCUCCUGCACAAGCCGAUCGAGGACGCCUCCAUCCGGAAGAAGUGCGAGGACGCCGUGAGCUUGAUCCACAGCGCCUGGCAGCGGAGUGACAGCCUUUGCCGCGGGAGGGCUUCCCGGGACCCCUGGUGUUAG